CAAGACGAGCAAAGUCGAUUCAAUCGCGCGUGCCACCAGACCGUUCAGUUGUUAUGGUUACUGCAUACAAACAUAAAUUACGGAUUACCUCUUAAGCUAACCUUAAUAUCAAAAUUCAAUAGACAGGUAUGGACUGGGAUUUGGAAAUUACUUCGAAAAAACUUUUACCUCGUCUUGGUAGAAGAUCGCAAAACAUUGUACUAGAAGACUCUAAACUCGACGAUGAUCCUUUGGAAAGCCCUGUAUCGUCAUCUUUCGUGAAAUCAGCACAACCACCUGUAGCACCUCCACGUACCAGAAAAACUGGAUGGGGUGACGAAUUAAAAAGCGGGAAGAUACGUGGAGCUUCUAUUAUUGAACAAGAACGUUCUCGAGGGAUAGAGAAAGAUGAAGUGAUAGAUGAAUUAUUUGUAGAUAUUCCUAUAAUUCCCGAUUUGGAUGAAAUUCAGGAAGAUAAUGCGUUUUCUGAUAUUAAUGCGUCAACAGUGAACGUGAACAGAGUCGCUGCAUAUAAAGAACUUGAUACAGAUUUGGUGAAAAAUGCUGCAUUCACGUCUUUAAAUGGUGUUAAUCUUUCUCUUCUAGCAGAAAAAUUAUACAAUGAAAAUUUGACGAAAGAAUUGGAUGAAGUAUGGAAUUGGAAUUUACUUUUUACUCAAGUUGCAUCUGAAGUAAACAGCGAAACACAAAAAAAAUUGGUCACAUAAAUUUUAUAUAAUUUUUUAUUUUAAAAAUAAAAUCAAAAAUCAUACGAAAAAAAAAA